AGCUCCGCCCCGCGGGCCCGCGGGCACCGGCAGCGCGGCGCCGGGAGCCGUUCGCCGGGCCGGGCCGGGCCGGGCCGGGGCAGCGGGCGGCGCGCGGAAGCGGAAGUCGGCGGUGCCGGGCCGCGCCGGGCCGGGGCGGGCGGCCUUCCUGCGGGCCGCGCCGCGCUGCGUUGCGCCGGCCGCGGCCCCGGCGGCAUGGGCGAGAGCACCAGCCCCAUCAGCGUCAUCCUGGUGAGCUCGGGCAGCCGCGGCAACAAGCUGCUCUUCCGCUUCCCCUUCCAGCGCGGCGCCGAGCACCCCGCCGCCCAGGCCAGUAAACCAAGGAGUCGAUAUGCUGUGAAUAGUUCAGGUGACACCACAGAGGAUCAAGAUGGGGACUCCAGAGACCAAUGUCCUCUAACUGAUGAGCAAUUGGUUUCGGGGUUUUCCGAUGUCAUCCUGGCAACAAUUUUGGCUACUAAAUCAGAUAUGUGUGGCAAAAAAUUUGAACUGAAGAUUGAUAAUGUGCGUUUCGUUGGCCAUCCUACGUUGCUUCAACACGCCCUUGGGCAGGUAUCCAAAACUGAUCCCUCACCAAAGAGAGAGAUGCCCACUAUGAUUCUCUUCAACGUGGUGUUUGCCCUACGGGCCAAUGCAGAUCCAUCAGUGAUAAACUGCCUACACAAUCUCUCCCGUCGCAUUGCCAUCGUCUUACAGCACGAGGAGCGCCGUUGCCAGUACCUGACCAGGGAGGCCAAGCUGAUCUUAGCCAUUCAGGAUGAAGUGUCUGCCAUGCAAGAAACCACAGAAGGGCCACAGUCCCCUUUUCAUCACAUCCUGCCCAAGUGCAAACUGGCCAGAGAUCUCAAGGAGACUUACGACAGUCUCUGUACAACAGGGGUUGUCCGUUUACAUAUCAACAACUGGCUGGAAGUGAGUUUCUGCCUGCCGCAUAAAAUCCACUAUGUUGCAACAAGCUUUAUACCCCCGGAAGCAAUUGAGAGGAGUCUAAAAUCUAUCAGGCCUUACCAUGCCUUGUUACUUCUAAAUGAUGAGAAGUCAUUGCUUAAUGAGCUCCCGUUGGACUGCUCCCCUGCCCUGGUGAGAGUAAUUAAAACUACCUCUGCUGUGAAGAAUUUGCAGCAACUGGCUCAAGAUGCUGACUUGGCAUUGCUGCAGGUUUUCCAGCUUGCUGCACAUCUUGUUUACUGGGGAAAAGCAAUCAUUAUUUAUCCGCUGUGUGAAAACAAUGUCUACAUGCUAUCUCCAAAUGCCAGUGUGUGUCUUUACUCUCCGUUGGCGGAUGCGUUUUCUUGUCAGUUCCGGGGCCACAAUCUGCCGUCGAUGCUUUCCAAGUUCUCCCUCCCAGUUUCACUCUCCGAGUUCAAGAAUCCUCUAGCACCACCAGUUCAGGAGACUCAGCUCAUUCAGAUGGUGAUAUGGAUGCUCCAACAUCGGCUCCUUAUUCAGCUUCACACGUAUGUCUGUCUGAUGGUGCCACCCAACGAGGAAGAUUUCCGAGCCCAAGAUGAAGACAUGCCCUUUACUGCCAGAGUUGGAGGCCGAAGUCUAAGCACCCCCAAUGCUCUCAGCUUUGGUUCUCCAACUAGUAGUGAUGACAUGACUCUGACAAGCCCUAGCAUGGAUAAUUCCAGUGCCGAGUUGAUACCUGGUGGGGACUCGCCACUAAAUAAAAGGAUGACAGAGAAUCUACUGGCAAGUUUGUUGGAACAUGAGCGGGAAGCUAUCCUUAAUGUCCCUGCUGCCCAGAAUCCGGAAGAUCUCCGCAUGUUUGCAAGCAAAGACCCAGUCAUGCUGAUGCUGUCAUUCCAAGCAAGCUGUUCAUCAUUUUAAGAUGUGUAACCCCAUGCAAAUAUGAGACAGGGAAAAAGAGCAUCAGACAUAAAGCCAGCCUGAAUGCUUCUAUGGAGCAGCCUACAAAGGUUUCAAGGUCUGUUUUGCUGAGAUGAGCUGUUCAGCUGAUUAGGUUAGUUAGCUCUACAGGUUAAAGUCAUUGGGAUGUGUGAUUAGUAGCAUCCAGUUUUAUUAUUGCAAAUUUCAACACAACAAAGCUAUCCAGGACGUGGUUCUGCACAUUGUAAAAAGCAGAAUGACUUCAUUUCAUAACCAGCCAUCCAGGAGAAACGUGGGGGAGAAAUACUAGAUUUUUGGAAGCAUUUCAAAAUACAGUGGUAUCACUGGAAUGCAACUUUCACUGUUUUUUAUACUGGUGAAGAAGAAAACCACCUGGGGAAAGUGCCGCAGCUUUUCCCAUACUUCCCAGAUUCAGUCCAUAAUCCCCUAAAAAUCUGGUUCUCACCCUAGGAUUGAUAUAGUCAAGUAGCCUCAAGAGACUGCGUUGGUAAGGAAAUACUUCUCUUAUCUGCAGCAAAGUUUGCAGCUGUGCUGUGCUGUGCUCUUUUCAAUACGGAUCUCCCAUGCUCAUGGGUCUGUUCUGUUCUGAAGUACUCUUCUCCUCCACCUUUUGUAACUAGGUUCAUAACAGCAUCAAGACUGUUGAGAGGAUAUUCUCUGAGGGACAGCACUUUGGCCAUUUGAGAACUUGGAGAAUGUUCAGUUCUCAUUAGCAAAUAAGUGGUUACAAAACCUGUGAGAAAGAAAGAUAGAAACAAAAACACAGUUGGUGAUAUCUUUGGAUAGAAUUUGUGGGGGAGACUUUGGACCGGAUUAGUGGUGACGUAGAUUUGUAGUUGUCCUUGGACAAAGGAAACAAUUUAAUCAUUGCCUCCCUGUCACAGAAUGGUUGAGGUUGGAAGGGACUGUUAAAGAUCAGCUAGUCCAACCCCCCAUGUUGAGCAGGAUCACCUAGAGCAGGUUGUCCAGGACCCUGUCCAGAUGGCUUUUAAAUAUCUCCAAGGAUGGAGACUCCACAACCUCUCCAGGCAACCUGUUCCAGUGCUCAGUUACCCUCACAGGAAAAAAGCUUUUCCUUAUGUUGAGGUGGAAUUUCCUGUGUUUCAGUUUGUGCCCGUUGCCUCUCGUCCUGUCACUGGGCACCUCUGAGAAGAGUCUGGUCCCAUCUUCUUUACACCCUCCCUUCAGAUAUUUAUACGUGUUGAUAAGAUCCUCCCUCAGUCUUCUCUUCUCCAGGCUGAACAGUCCCAGCUCUCUCAGCCUUUCUUCAUAUGAGAUAUACUCUAGUACCUUAAUCAUCUUAGUGGCCCUUUGCUUCACUUGCUCCUCUAGGUCCAUUUUUCUCAUACUGGAGAGCCCAAAACUGGACACAGCAUUCCAGAUGUGGCCUCACCAGGGCUGAGUAGAGGGAAAGGAACACCUCCCUGGACCUGUUGGCAGCAUGCUUCCUAAUGCAGCCCAGGAUGCCAUUGGCCGCCUUUGCCACAAGGGCACACUGCUGGCUCCUGGUCAACUUGGUGUCCACCAGGACCCCCAGGUCCUUCUCUGCAGAGCUGCUUUGCAGCAGGUCAGCCCCCAGCCUGUGCUGGUGCCUGGGGUUAUUCCUCCCCAGGUGCAGGACUCUGCUCUUCCCUUUACUGAACUUCAUGAGGUUCCUCUCUGCCCAUCUCUCCAGCCUGUCGAGGUCCUUCCAAACGGCAGCACAGCCCUCUGGUGCAUCAGCCACUCCUCCAGUUUUGUAUCAUCAGCAAACUUGCUGAAGGUGUGCUCUGUCCCUUCAUCCAGGUCACUGAUGAAUAAGCUGAACAGGAUUGGACCCACUGUUGACCCCUGGGGUAUAUCACUAAUUACUGGCCUCCAGCUAGAUUUAGCGCCACUGAUCACAACCCUCUGAGCUCUGCCAUUCAGCCAGUUUUCAGUCCACCUCCCUGUCUGCUCAUCUAGCCCAUAGCCCUGUUGCCUCCCUCAUCUGGGUAAAACACCUGUGUGAAAACUUUUGAAUUGUAGAUGUCAAAACCGACUUUGGUUUCUCCAGAAAAUCAGCUGCCACAACCAGGCAGCUGUCUUAAUGAUGAUUAUUUUGCAGUUUGUGCGUGCAUCAGGUUCUUUAGCAAAGCCAUCUGGGGCUUUGCAAAGUCUCAAUUUCCAUUCCACCAUAGGUUGAACUGACAACCACGUAACUUUUUCCUAAAUCAACAGUGGGAGAGAAGAUACAGUAAACAAACUGCUCCUAUGGGUAGAAUGCUGGAAUGUAAAAAUAGUAAUGCUGUGCAAGAUGCUCGUGGUUACCUGUGACUUGAUGAGACACUGUAGCUUGGAGGCUGUGGGUGUAUUCUCUCUCUUUGUACUGUAAACCAUCAGAAGAUGAGGGUCUGGGUAAACCUAUCACUCCUAAUGAAAGUGUAAAAAAUUGCGGAGAAGCUCUUGCAGUGAAUGAGCCGAUCCUCCUCAUUACCCACUAGAUGUUACUGUGUCAGCUCUUCUUUUUGCUUCAUUUUGAGGCAUAGCAGCAUAAUGAAACAGCUCUGCUGUAUCAGCUGCAUCCCAGCACAAGCUCCUGCUGUAAAUGCAUGGUUAGUGCACUAAAUAUACUGUAACUGCCUUUCCAAGAAUAAUUUUGUGUGCAUGCAAAGGGAUAGUCUAGCUUCAGAAGAGCAAUAAAGUUCAGCCUGAUACAUUUUCCUAUGGUUAUGCUCCUGAACUUCUGUUAGUUUUUAUACAGAUAGCAGAAAGAGCUUGUACCUCUCCGUUACAAUGCACAGUCAGUAUUUGAAAGGCAGAAAUUUUAAGGGGAUGUAUAGAAUAUUGAAGUUUGGCUCUGUCACUGGCCACAUUAACCCUCAUAACAUCGAAUGGGAAUUCAGAUCCAAGUUCUUUUCUUAGGUGUUGCUGGAGGAGGAAUGGCAUGUCUCUCCAGAAGCAAACAUGAGAAGGAGACAAGAUCUUUUGGAGCUACAUCUUCAGUAUUGCACACAAAGCGUUGUUCCUCACUGCACAUCAGAUGGUGCUUUUAAAGACAGUCUGAGGCUUCACUCAUGGCUCCUCUCCCAAACCAUAGGUGUAGAGUCGCUCUCAGGAAUUUUUUUCCUGCUCUUAAAGGUUGGGAGAUGAAGGUCCUUUGCUCUGUUGGGGAAUUUUUGUUGGUUGUAUUCGACUGUGGACAGAUCUGCUCUCCUGUCUUCAAGCAGCACUGGUGGAAGGGUUUUCUCCUUGGCUACAAAUAAGCCAGGUUUAUUUAAAUGACCAGUCUGAGAUUGUUCCAGGAACUGCCAUCCUGUGUGCAGUUUGGGUCCCCUAAAUGUCCACUGCCCAACAAGGUGAAGAUAGUGCCCUGUCUACACUGGAGCUGUAAGCAAGGGUUCGUGGUGGAUCCUUUCUGUGGUGCAAUGUUUAUUGUGCUUUGACCUGCCAUUAUACUGGGCACUUCUCUCCACCCUGCCUAUGCAAGUGGUUUAUUCCUGUGCAAUGCCUUCAGUGUCCUGUCAGGAUAAGUUUUCCGUUAACUCGUCCUUUCUUAAUUGCUCUAUUUUUCCCCUCAGAAGGAGAUUAUAUCAUGUUUUGCAGGGACGGGUUGCCUGGGACACGUGCAUGCCUCUAGCUCCAUGCGUGCAUGCGGAGGGCACUCUGGUGCAUGUGGCGGAUAGGAAUCCACCACAGAAUUGCUGGGUUUGGGUCAGUCAAGGCGGAUGAGGAUCAUGAGUAAAGUGUGAGAUUCAGCUAGCCUAACCGAUAACUUCCAUGGUGUACACAUCUGAGCUUAUUGUCCUUUCAUGCAUAAUAUUAAAGGCAAACUGUGGUUUGGGCUGCUUUAGCAGGGGAGAGUGGCCAGCAAAUAGAGAGAAGUUGUUACCCCCUUCUGCCUGGUGCUCCACCUGGAAAACUGUCUAGUUGUCCCCUUUCAGCUUCCGCUCAGGUCAUGAAGGACAUGGAGGAACUGGAGAUGGUCCGGAGUUGGCUGCCAAGGUGGGCUAAGAUCUGAGGCACGAGACCUGUGGGGAGGCCGAGGGAGCAGGGCUUAUUCAGAUGGGCAGAGAGGAGGCUGAGGGGGAACUCAUACCUGCCAGUUUGAAGGGCAGUUACAACAGACAGUGGAGCCAAACUCUUCUUAGUAGUGGGAGACAGCAAAACAACUGUCAGCAGCCCCAAGUUGCGGCUUGGUAGAUUCUAGUUGGACAUUUUUGUCCCGGGAGGGUGAUGAAGCCCUGGACUGAUUACCCAGAUAUGUGGGGGGAUUUCCAUCCUUGGAGGGUUUCAGAGCUUGGCUAGAAAAAGCUACAGUGUUGGCAAUAGUCCUGCUGGAGCCGGAGGUUGGAGCAGAGACUUCAACAGUCUCUUCCAGCCGGCGUUUUUGUGAUAUUCUUUAAUAUCCUCUCUAGCUUUUAUUGGAAUGGAAAGUAUUUCAUCUUGACCUGUUAUGAAUCCAGACUCUUCCUGAGUAUAGAAUGGAUUUAUUUAUUGGAAAAUUGCUUUGUCUGCAUUUCCAUUGAAGGCCAGCUCAUCGGCGUUUGCAUGGAAGACAGUUGUGCCGGAGGCUGAGACUAUGACUAUCACAGUGAGCAGCUUUGUACGAGGGAGAGAAUAUGUAGCUUUUAAAAUCUUUUUUAAAACCACUUUUUGAGCAGUGAUACAAGUUAGGGGAGGAGCUUUAGACAAGGCAGAAAUAAUAACACAGUGCCCAGCUGAGGUUAGACAGCAUUUGAUUCAUCUUGGAAAAUUGUAGCUAAUACAUCUGGGCCAAAAUGAAAGGGAGAAAUCUAGAAAGCAGAUUCUUUUGAGGGAAUAAUCUGGUAGAAGUGAUAAUGAUGAAGGCCAUUUUUAGAGAUAAAGGAUGUCUGGGCAAGCUCAUUCCACAGGUAGCUAAAACACGAGUGUGUAAAGAAUAAAAUUCCAAGACCAGUAAGUAUGGUCAAAAAUUAUUGUUAAUACCUCUGGGAACAUUUUUGACACGUACACACGCAAACCCCCGUGUUUCCUGCUGAUGGCCGCUGCUCGAUGUACUUGUUAUCAGCGACCCAGGGAAGGGAACUGAUUAGUCUAAUUUAAUUGCCCAGUGGGAGAUACUGCAGCAGGCAAAUGCACAGCACAGAGAGUGGAAAAGUAAAUAUUGCUGGAGCUUGUCCUUCUGUUGUUUCUUUGUACCACGUAUAGGAAGACAUAUCAAUUAUGCUCUACAUAAUGGUGCCAGCUUGAGAGCUGGAGGAUGGGCAUCGGAGCAGAGGGGAGUUUGCAGUGUGUCGUGCUUGCAGCACGUGCCCAUUUUGCUGUGGGCUGCACGCGGUGAGGCUGCCUGCAGGGAUGAGGGAGCUGAGGCUGGUGUGUGGCUCUGGGAGAUGCUUCGUGCUUACAUAGCUGACCGGGCUGGGAGCGUCAGGAGGGCGAUAGGAGCAACGUGGCAAGUUGGGGAGCAGAGAAACGCAAAUGCCAGUGGACUGGAGAUGACUUGUAAGGUAAAGCCUACACUCUCUCCGUGGUGUCAGGGAAGAUGUGAAGGAGGGAGACUUGUUGCACGACGAUUCCUUUCCAGUCACUCACAAAGGGUGGUGGGGUAUAGCCUGAAUAACAGGUCAGCGUAUUCCUUAGCUGCAUCUGGGUAUGGAAACGAUAGCAAAAGCUGCUGAAGCCCAGAGCAGCGUACGUGUGAUGUGUAACACAUGCAGGCACACGUCUGUGUUUAGCCGAGGAAGUGAUCCUCACAUUUUUGUUUGGGCCUUGGCUAGUGGGAGUAUUUUGAGUGAUAUGUGCAGUGUGGUUCCUGUGUUUGGGAGGUUGUUCAGACAAUUAAGAGACUGAGCAGCAAACUAGAGCUUCGUCUGGAGGGCUGGCUCAGUGGUUCGCACUGCAGGGUCUCUGGGGAACAAGUCCACAGCCACUGGUGACCUGCUGCAGUGGAAAGGCUGCAGAGGUCCGUCCUCGACUCUCUCGGCUUGACUGUGCAGCACUGAGGUUAUCUAAUGUCUGUGUAUCGUGUUGGUUACUCUGCAUACAUGUAUCAAUGCUGUCUUUUUCUAAAGAGAAUUAGGAAUUACUGCAGCCAUUGUAGUAUUAGCUGAGACUUCAGGGUUUGGGGGUUCCUUGGAGGCUUUACAACUCCCAGAGCUUCUCUGUGGUGUCUGUGGUCAAAAUUUCCAUCUCCCAGCUGUGUCUGCACCACCUACCCCAGGCUGAAUAAACUCAAGAGUGUAAAACCUGUAGUUGUAAAACCCUUCAGACUGCUGUGAGGGAAAAUAUACUCUUAAAUUCGAAAAGACAGUGUAGUUACACAGGCCUCUGACACAGAGCUCUGACAUACUGCACUGCAGACCCAGCUAAGCGACUGCACAGGUAAAUCUGUCACUCCUUGACUUCUCAAGGCUUCUUGGUGCUUGUGUUUCCUUGCUUUCUGGAGCUAAAACAGCGUUCAAAAUUGACAGUCUCAGGAAAUGGUAGGAAAUCUUUUGAUACAAGGAGGACCUUCGUAGUACCCAGUAGACUUUACUCAUGCCUCUGCCCGUUUGCCCUGCAGGUUGCAUUUCCUUGUUACAGGCUGGUUGCUCUGAGAUGGAGGUACCAGGGCAGUGUGGGUGUGGGGCAUCCAUCGGGAGAGGCUGGGCACUGAGGAUGUAAAGAAAGCAGGAUGGAAAUUGGGUACCUAAGUAGAUGAGAAUUUGGUGGGUCAUGUUUCCUGUAUUGCUUUUCCAGGGAACAUGUGUGUUAGGUAUGUCUAAAGGUAAGAAUAGAUUCAUUCACUUGUCAUCUAAAAUGAGGGAUGCAAACCAACUCCCUUCUGAUUUGCAUCCCAUCACGGGGAGACCUUGAGGGUGGCAGGACUCCAGUUCUUGCUGUGUGCACUUGCUUUUGGCCCAUGUGCCUCACUUGCUCUCCUUCCCCGCAGACUGCUGCACUACUUCCGAGGACGACACCAUU